UAGGCGGGGUUACUGACUGGGAAAAGGAUAUAAGCCGCAGUAGCAGGACACAGGUUAUAAUUGCAGAUCUUCCUUGUGCGAUUAGGCUGCUUCGGACGAGCUGCGAUUCGGAAACAUGUCCGGAAGAGGCAAAACCGGUGGCAAGGCCCGAGCUAAAGCUAAGACCCGCAGCUCCAGAGCCGGACUGCAGUUCCCCGUGGGCCGUGUUCACCGUCUCCUGAGGAAAGGUAACUAUGCGGAGCGAGUGGGCGCCGGGGCCCCGGUUUACCUGGCCGCCGUUCUCGAGUACCUCACCGCCGAAAUCCUGGAGUUGGCGGGCAACGCGGCGAGGGACAACAAGAAGACCCGCAUCAUCCCCCGCCACCUGCAGCUGGCUGUCCGCAACGAUGAGGAGCUCAACAAGCUGCUCGGCGGCGUGACCAUCGCCCAGGGCGGUGUCCUGCCCAACAUCCAGGCCGUCCUGCUGCCCAAGAAGACCGGCCAGGCGGCUCCCGCCACCGGCAAGUCGGGCAAGAAGGCGUCCCAGCAGUCGCAGGAGUACUGAGCGCCCGGAGACUCUCCAUCCACACAAAGGCCCUUUUAAGGGCCACCCAAGUGUUCUUUGUAGAGGGCAGAUUUCCGCCAGAAGGGAGGGCGGGGGAGGGGGGUCACACGUGCUCAAUAAAGAGUU